AUGUCUGAUGAGUCAACAACUAAUGCUAAAAAAAGUCGCUCUUUGAGUGAUGCAGAACGUCGCCUUAAACGAAGGCAAAAAAAAAUUUUAACUAAUGCGAAUGGCAGACUAGACCGAAUCACAGCUACUCACUCGA